AUACAGGGUUACCUCUUAGGAAGGUAGACAUAAUUUCCUAUUAGUUUCUCCAGUCCCAGCUACUCGGGAGGCUGAGGCAAGAGAAUCGCUUAAGCCCAGGAGUUGGAGGUUGCUGUGAGCUGUGUGAUGCCACGGCACUCUACCGAGGGCCAUGAAGUGAGACUCUGUCUCUACAAAAAAAAAAAAAAAAAACUGAUUGCUGACUACAACCCCAAUGAUAUCUUUAAUGCUGAUGAGACAGGAGUGUUUUUCCAAUUGCUUCCCCAGCACACACUUGCUGCUAAAGGGGACCACUGUAGAGGGGGCAAAAAAGUAAAGCAGAGGUUGACAGCACUCUUUUGUUGCAAUGCUUCAGGGACUGAAAAAAUGAAAACGUUGAUGGUUGGUAGGUCAGCCAGCCCACACUGCCUCAACAACAUUUGUUCCCUCCCUUGUGAUUACUUAGCCAAUCAGUGGAUGGGGAUGACAAGGGAUCUGUUUAAUGAGUGGCUGAUGCAAGUAUAUGCCAGCAUGAAACGAGCAGAACGAUGGAUCCUCCUGCUCAUUGGCAACUGCCCCUCUCAUGAUACACUUCCAAGCUUAGAAAGGAUCCAGGUGGGGUAUCUGCCCUCAAAUUUUACCACUGUCAUGCAGCCGCUGAAUCUUGGCAUAAUUCACACCAUAAAAGUGCUGUACAGGAGCCACCUUCUAAAACAGUUCCUCCUCAAGCUCAAAAGCAGUGAAGAUCGAGAAAAGGUGGACAUCAAGCAGGCCAUUGACAUGAUUGCUACAGCAUGGUGGUCAGUCAAAGAGUCGACAGUGGUGAAAUGUUGGCAGAAGGCAGGCAUCAUCCCUAUGGAAUUUACAGAUUCUAAUGAAGCAGCAGGCAGUGAACCAGACAUUGCCAUCAAAAAGUUGUGGCACACGGUGGCCGUUGCUACCUGUGUCCCAAAUGAAGUAAAUUUCCAGGACUUUGUCACUGUAAAUUAUGAGCUCAUUAUCUCCCUGGAGCUCAUGGACACAGAGGUCACCCAGGAUAUGGUGGCUGGUGAAAAUGCUGGUGAAUCUGGAAGUGAAGAUGUAGGGGAAGUUUCUUUAACAGAACAGUCAAAAAUCACCAUCAAAGAAGCCAUCUCAAGUGUGCAGAAACUUAGACAGUUUCUUUCCACUUGUAUAGGUGUUCUUGAUGCCAUUUUUGGACAGCUAAAUAGCAUAGAUGAAUAUUUAAUGAAAAGAGUGACACAAACUCUUAUUGAUUCCAAAAUUGCAGUUUUCCUCCAAACAAAAUGAUGCAGGAAUUAACUUCCAUUUUUACUUUAGGAAAUGUAGUUUACAAGAAUAAAUAUUACUUUAGAUAGGACAUUGAACUAAUUUAAGUAAAGCAAUAUUAUUAUGACAACAUUCCAUAAUAAGUAGGAAACUUGAAAUAACUAGAAAACUUCUUGAGUGGAAUUUGACUAAU